AUAACAGGCAUGGCCGCGCUUUGCGUGGGCUAUCCCUUCGACACCGUCAAGGUACGCUUCCAGAAUCCAGAGAUAGCUCACCGCUAUCGAUCGACCUUCAACGCCAUAACGACGAUCGUCCGAGAAGAGCGCGUCCUGGGUCUCUACAAGGGCAUCACCUCGCCCCUGGCCAGCUGUGCUUUCAUGAACGGGCUAGUGUUCUCGUCAUAUCGGUUCUUCAUGAAAGUACAGCUGGCUGACGCGAACGCGGUUCCGAGUCUCACCCAGAUCACACUCGCCGGCAUAGGCAGCGGCAUUGUAUCAUCCAUCAUCACCACCCCGACGGAGCUCAUCAAAAUCCACCAGCAGAACACGCUGGGGAAGACGCCAUCCGCCCGCCAAGUAGCCCUGGACAUCUUCCGGAAGCACGGCGUGCGGGGCCUCUACAGAGGCAUCACGGCUACCGCCAUCCGCGACUGCGGCUACGGAGCCUACUUCUUCGGUUACGAAGCUACCUGUCGGUACUUCUCCAGAACGCCUCCAACUGCUAUCCCAUCGACCGGCCACCCGGAAGCCCCCAUCCUCACCUGGCCGGUCCUCCUGCUCGCCGGUGCAGUAGCGGGCAUAGCAGGGUGGGUAGCCACCUUUCCCUUCGACGUCGUGAAGACGCGAGUACAGAGCACCUUCGGCGAGCCGAUCGCAGCCCCUUCAGCGGCCGCUGAGACUCGCCUUACCCCUAACCCGUACCGCAAUAUCCUCUCCACGAUUAUCCACUCCUAUCGUACUGAGGGCCUGUCAGUCUUUUUUCGCGGCCUUGCCCCGACGUUGAUUCGCGCCAUUCCAGUCAACAUGGUCACCUUCGCUACGUUUGAGGGCGUCGUGCAUCUUCUGUCAUAG